UUUGUCGCCGGAGCCCGGCCGUUACCGGGCGCCCCACGGCCGCGGCGCUCCCCGUAGCCCCCGGCCGCUGGCUGAGGGAGCGGCGCUGUGGCGAGGGCGGCAGCUCCAGCCGCGUCUGUGCCCGUAACCAAGGCGCUGCCAGGCGGGCACACGCGCACACACGCGCACACCCUUCACAUACACACAGCUCGGGGGCCGCCUUUGCAGCUCGUCCCCUCCCUGCACCAUGCUCCGCUCCAGGCAGCGCCUGCCCGCGGCUCCCUGAGGGGGCUGAGCCCGCCGCCCGCCGCCGCCUCCAGCCCAGCGGAGCGGGCGGCUGGCUCCCGGCUGCCUCCCCCCUGCUGCCGGUUAGCGGAGUUAGCCCCGGCCCCGGGACUUCGGGCAGCCCUUGGGCGGCGGGGGGAGCGAGCCGGGAGCAGCCGGAGAGAACGCAGCCGCUGCCGCCGCCGGGGGAGAGGAGCUCCAGCUCCCGCCUCCGGAGCUCUUGAUGGCGUCUCACCAGCAGACCAGGAUCCAAGCCUACCUGGAGAAGAACAAGAUCGGUCCCCUCUUCGAGGAGUUGAUGACAAAGCUGAUAACGGAGACACCUGACCAGCCAAUCCCAUUUCUAAUUGAGCAUCUUCAGUCCAAACAAGGGAACCGCAGUCAGCUUCAGAGAACGUUGUCUGGCUCUGCUGCCCUUUGGGCAGAGAGUGAAACAUCAGAAAAUAAAGGGACAAGGAGAGAUUUCAGAAGUUAUGAUAAACCCUGGCAGGUAAAUGCAAAGAAGCCUAAAAAGUCAAAGAGUGACCUUGCCGUAUCCAACAUCUCUCCACCGUCACCAGAGUCCAAGUCAUUGCCAAGGUCAAUAGAGCAUCCUAAAUGGGAUUGGAGGACAAAACCGGAGAACCAUGAUUUUGAUGAGCUAAAUCAUAUUCUUCAAGAGAGCAAAAAACUUGGAAAAGCCCUUGAGAAUCUGUCUCGCAGCAUUGCUAUUUCUGAUGAACUUGAUAAGGACACAACAGGUUUUAAUACCCCCCUUCUCAGACCUCGUGUGAUUGGAGAAUGGAUUGGUCGUGAAGAGAAUGAUGCAGAUCCACUAGCUGCUGAGAUGCUGCAGCCACCAAUACCAAGAAGUAAAAAUGAGCAGUGGGACAGUGAGGAUAGCAGCAGUCCUGGUGGAAGUAGCUGUGAAAUCGACAAGAAUGUCAAUUUCACGGAAGAGCCACAUGGGACUGACAAGAUCUGUGGCUCUGGGGCAGCUCCUGUGUGGACUGUGCAAUUACUGACCUGGACCACCUAUCUCAGAGUUUACAAGCGUGGAAGCACACUUAAAAGAGUUAAAUCCUGCCUGCACUGCAGUGAAAUGAGUUUGGCCACUGAUGGGUGUAAAGCCAAGAUUUCACUGGGAGGGAAUGUGAAGAGAGAUGAGGAUCUUGAUGAUCUAAGAAUGGAAGGAGUAACAAGUCUGAUUUCUUCUGGGAGCAAAUUCAAUCAAACUAGAAGUGCUCAUCCUGCUGAGCCUCAAGCAAAGGUCACGUUGAAUAUCUGUGCAAGAUGUGCCAGAUUGCAAGGAGAUAAUAUGGCAGAAAGGCCAGAAGAUGUCUCCAUGGUAUCUCAAACGUCUGAGCCAGCAAUGUCAGACUCUGAUGCUCAGGUACCUGGGGUUGAAACACUUAUGGAAGAUAUUGAUGCAUUUGAGAGUGCCUCUCAAGUGGCAGGAUCUUCUCAGCCAGUUUGGACCGUGGACGCCAUGGGUGUGAGACCUGGGGGUUCUCCAAGACAGAAACUCUUGAAGGACUCUUUAGCAGCAAAAGAACUUCAGACCAUGGAAAAACAUCUAGCUGAUAUUGAAAAGGACCUAGCUCUAUGGGAAGAAGCAAGGCUCUCAAGAAGCCCUAGUAUCCAACACCACAGUUUAGUUACAUCUGACCAUCAAGGCAAUCUUCAAGCUACACAAGGCCAAAAUCCAAGGCCUCAGGUGCCGCCUCCAGUGGGGAAAAAUGUGCAACUCCAAGGAAACAAAUCACCACCAUUGCCCACUAACAGCCGAGCACAGGUCUCGAGUCUUGCAAACAGCAGGCCUCCAACACCUGGUGCACAAACCAACAGGCCAACGACUCCAUCAACACCGGGAAGCAGACCUGUGACCCCAAACAGCUUGCUGUCACGGCCUCUUACCCCUAGCAAUCAAGGAAAUAAAGAAGGUGUCAUCAAUAUGCACAGAAGCCGAUCUUUGACGUCUAAGAGCCAAAUGGGGAGGACCCUCAGCGCUGCUUCAGGGCUGUCUGUGCAAAUGAGUGGAGAUGUUGUUGGAACUGUCACUACUCAGAGAAGCAGUUUAUCAGAAGAUGAAUUCUUACAACAGCUUCAGCUUACUCAUCAGCCUUGGAUAUUGCCGAGUGACACAGAAAGUGAAGGAGUGGAAGCUGACCAAGACAGAUGUCCACAUACUUCUUGUGCUGGGGGCUCCAGACCUCGAUACAGCACUCCAAGCGGGGCUUCACGAAGGCUGUGUAGAGGGGCACAACAAUCCCAUCCCUCCACCUGCUGGCCA